AUGCGAGGUUUUGAUUCAAUUGCGAGCUUGAUAGUCAGCCUCACGCUUUUAACACUACCUCUGGCUGUUGCGGCGGACCCUAUCAAUACCAACGGUGUAAAUUUCCUGUACCCGCCACCCGGUCUGACACCCAAAUACCUCGAUACAAUCAAAGCAACUUGGACUUCGCUGUUCCAGGCACCUUACCUAUAUACCAACUGUUUGAAUGAGACUGGGGGUACUACAGUUAAGAAACAUUAUCCAGUUCCGACGAAUGGCUCCUCGGCGGUAGUGUUGGAUUUCAAGAACUUGUCGUCAUGCUGGUUCAACCUACGUCCACAAGACUGGUACAUUCCCGAUUCUGGCUCAAACAGUGAAUCCUUUGUGGUUGUACCCGGAAUGAGACAACCUUAUCCGCAGAUUUGGGAGCUCGAAGUACAAGAUCCAGGACAAAUAUCUUCGCCUGCCACAGAGACGGCCGGUGAUUCUCCAGCUACUCUCACCAUAUUGACCCCAGACGCUACACCGAAUCCAUCACUCACUACUACAAUUGUUAGGGGACCUGCAACUACUCUCGCUAAUACAGCAUCUUCUGCUACAAGUCCUGCGAAACCUGAGUUAGAUGAUCAUGAUCAUGAUCAGCAUGGCUUAGGAAAGGGCGCAAAGGCAGGCAUCGGAAUAUCCGUCGCGGCCAUAAUAAUAGGUUUCGCGGCUUUAGCAUUCUUUUUGCUCGCAAGACGCAACCAACGCCGCGAAAUGGCCAUAUCCAACCACGUGUACGAAACCGCACUUCCACGACCGCUCUUACCCAUAGCUCGUGUCUUGUCAGAUACACCUUCCUACAGCACGACCGCACCCAUCACGCCGCCCUGUCGAGCAAUACUCGAACACAUCAAGAAUGAAGAAGAGGGCGGUACUACACCACGAAUCGAAAGUGUAAGAAGCACCACACCGCGGAUCGAAAGUAUGAGGAUAGAAUCUCUGGCGAGCAAUAGUCCGCGCAUCGAAAGUGUCAUGAAUGGAAGUCUAAGGCAGGAUAGUGUGAGGGCAGAGAGUAUGGUGGAGUUAAGUCAUGCUGAUUCCGCGUUACAUGAGCUGUAUAGUCCGGCGGAGGUCCAUGAGAUUGGACCUGGUAGAUGGGAGAAUACUGGGUUUGGGUUUCCGCCGGAGAAGACUGCUAGGUGUUGA